CCCGGUUCCCGCCAUCAGCCGCCGGCCCUGACGGGGGGCAGAGCGCGCCAGCUCCUCUGCACCCGGCGUCCCCUUCCCCCCUCCCCCUCCCGCGUCCCAGCUUGGCUUCUCGGGGGGGCUCCCGGAGCUGCCGCUGCAGCUGAGUUGAUGUCUUCGGGAGGACUGGAAUAGCUGCAGAAUAUGGGUAGUUCCCCAAGAAGAGUUCUUUACCUAUGGCACAAGCAUCAGAAUAAAGUCACUUCAUAAAUGAUCUGUGUUCUAGUGAGUUUUCAUCAGUAAGGAAUGAAGUCAAAUCUUUGCUGUGUGGGAAAUUUCAGCAUGUACCUUGAGAGAGUCCAGACUAUUGGAAGUAAUGACACUUGGCGGACAUGCAUUGUUAUUUUGAGAGGAGUUAUAAACAACUGAAUAGACAAAUAAUGGAAUCAGAUUGGUGGAAACACUAUUUCUUUUUGAACCUUUCAGGUGAAGGUGUGAUUUACUUUUUAAUUUGGGUAGAAGCAAUUUAUUUUUAAAAAAAAAUAUGACUCCUUUGAAGAUACAUGGUCCUAUCCGAGUACGGAGCAUUCAGACGGGGAUUACAAAGUGGAAAGAAGGAUCCUUUGAAAUUGUGGAAAAGGAAAAUAAAGUCAGCCUAGUGGUUCACUAUAAUGCUGGAGGAAUUCCAAGGACAUUUCAGCUAAGUCACAAUAUAAAGAAUGUGGUUCUUCGACCCAAUGGAGCAAAACAAAGUCGCCUGAUUCUUACGCUGCAGGAUAAUAGCUAUUUGUCUAUUGACAAAGUACCAUAUAAGGAUGCAGAUGAAAUGAGACUGUUCCUGGAUUCAGUUCAUCAAAAUAGACUCCAUACAGCCAUGAAACCUUCCCAGGGGUCUGGUAGCUUUGGCGGAGUUCUCGGGAGCAGGACUACACAGAAGGAAGCCAACAGGCAGUUCCCUUACGUAGAAAAUCAGACUUCAAAAAAAGCAAGUUUGGAAUCCAAAGAUGAUACUACAUAUCGAAAAGUUCUUGGUACUCCAGGCAGAGGAUCCAUAAAAACUCCAACAGGAAGUGUAAUGACUGGGUCUCGAGUAAAUACCUCUCUGACUUCUACUUCUUCAACACCUCUAAGAACAGGAUUAUUAGAAAAUCGGAAUGAAAAGAGAAAAAGAAUGCUAUCAACUGGGUCAGAGAUGAAUGAAGAUUACCCCAAGGAAAAUGAUUCAUCAUCGAACAAUAAAGCUAUGACAGAUCCUUCAAGGAAGUAUUUAAACAGCAGUAGAGAAAAACAGCUAAGCUUGAAACAGGCAGAGGAGAAUAGAACAUCAGGACUUUUGCCACUACAAUCAUCAUCUUUUUAUGGAAGUAGAGCAGUCUCAAAAGAUUAUUCUACUGGAAAUUCAAACCUAGACAGGACUAGUGUUUCAAGCCAGACUCCUUCUGCCAAAAGGAGUUUGGGGUUUCUUUCCCAGCCAGCCCCUCUCUCAGUAAAAAAACUAAGGUCUAACCAGGAUUAUACUGGAUGGAAUAAACCAAGAGUGCCCCUUUCUACUCAUUCACAGCAACAAUUACAAGGAUUUUCAAACUUGGGAAAUACUUGCUAUAUGAAUGCCAUUUUGCAGUCCCUGUUUUCACUUCAGUCAUUUGCUAAUGAUUUGCUUAAGCAAGGUAUCCCAUGGAAAAAGGUACCACUUAAUGCACUUAUCAGACGUUUUGCACACCUUCUUGCUAAAAAAGAUGUUUGUAAUUCCGAAACUAAGAAAGAUUUGCUCAAGAAGGUAAAAAAUGCCAUUUCAGCUACUGCAGAGAGAUUCUCUGGCUAUAUGCAAAAUGAUGCACAUGAAUUUUUAAGUCAGUGUUUGGAUCAGCUAAAGGAAGACAUGGAAAAGUUAAAUAAAACUUGGAAGACUGAGCCUAUAUCUGGGGAAGAAAAUUCUCCAGGACGAACUUCAGAUGAUAUUGCAGCUACCAGGAUAUAUACAUGUCCUGUUGUUACUAAUUUGGAAUUUGAGGUCCAGCAUUCUAUCAUAUGUAAAGUAUGUGGUGAAACUGUUCACAAACGUGAACAGUUUAAUGACCUUUCCAUUGACUUGCCCAGAAGAAAGAAACCACUACCUCCUCGGUCAAUCCAAGAUUCUCUUGAUCUCUUCUUUAGGGCAGAAGAGCUUGAAUAUUCCUGUGAGAAGUGUGGUGGGAAGUCUGCUAUUGUCACACAUAAAUUCAAUAGACUCCCCAGGGUCCUUAUUCUUCAUCUGAAACGAUAUAGCUUCAAUGUGGCCCUUUCGCUCAACAACAAGGUUGGACAGCAAGUGGUUAUUCCAAGAUAUUUAACUUUAUCAUCCCAUUGCACUGAAAACACAAAACCUCCCCUUACCCUGGGUUGGAGUGCACAUACAGCAAUUUCUCGGCCAUUGAAAGCUUCUCAAAUGGUGAAUUCCUGCACCAUCAGCACUUCUACACCUUCAAGGAAAUAUACAUUCAAAUCCAAGAGCUCUGCAGGAUUCUCCAUUGAUUCAGACAGUGAGGAUGAGCUCCUAAAACGCUCUGUGGUCCUAAACCAGAGACUUUUUGAAAUGCCAAGCAGGGAGCAACAGGAAGACCUAGAAAAGGUGUCAAAAAAAUGUAAAAUGGAGUCAGAUAAAUCAGAUUUGGGAAACUCAGGAUUUGAUGGAAUGAGUGAAGAUGAACUUCUGGCAGCUGUCUUGGAGAUAAGUAAGAGGGAAGCCUCACUGUCUUUGACUAAUGAAGAUGAUGAUAAACCUACCAGCAGUCCAGAUACAGGGUUUGCAGAGGAUGAUAUUCAAGAUAUGCCUGAAAAUCUGGAAUCUAUGGAGGCAGAAAAAUCAAAAGCCCCCAUAGAAGCUGGUCCUGCCAGCUUCACUGAGAUUACUAAAGAUUUUGAUGAGAAUAAAGAAAACAAAACUCCGGAAGGGUCUCAGGGGGAAGUUGACUGGCUCCAACAAUAUGAUAUGGAGCGAGAGCGGGAGGAGGAAGAACUCCAGCAGGCCCUAGCUCAAAGCCUCCAGGAGCAAGAGGCCCGAGAACAGAAAGAAGAUGAUGACCUCAAAAGAGCCACAGAGUUAAGCCUUCAAGAAUUUAACAGUUCUUUUCUGGAUGGAAUGGGCUCUGAUGAUGACUCUGGGAAUGAAGAUGUUUUCGAUAUGGAGUACACAGAAGCUGAAGCAGAGGAGUUGAAAAGAAAUGCUGAGACAGGAAAUCUUCCUCAUUCCUAUAGACUCAUCAGUGUUGUCAGCCAUAUUGGAAGCACAUCUUCUUCAGGUCAUUACAUUAGUGAUGUGUAUGACAUCAAGAAGCAGGCCUGGUUCACUUAUAAUGAUUUGGAGGUAUCUAAAAUCCAAGAGGCCUCUGUUCAAAGUGAUCGAGACCGGAGUGGUUACAUCUUCUUUUAUAUGCACAAAGAUAUCUUUGAUGAGCUGCUGGAAACAGAAAAGGCCUCCCAGCUGCUUAGCCUGGAGGCUGGGCGGACCACCCGGCCAGCACUGUGAGGAGCCCACUCCUGGGGAGGCGGGCAUCUGUGUGUGCGCAUGCACGGCUGUCUCUCAUUUUCAUGUUCUUUCCACCUGAGGAGAAUUCUGAACUUAGAACUGACACAGGAGUGACAAACAGCUCAGGGCCAAACCAAAACAUAGAAAGCUUCAAACCAGGGAAGUUCUCCAUGCAUGGAAAUCCUUGAACCUCACACCUGUAGCUGAUCAGCCUGCUCUCCAAGAGUAGAGUGGAGCUUUCUGUUGUUCCAGGAACCUAGACACACAUACCUACACACACACACUCUCCCACACACACCUACACACACGCUCAUGCUCACACCUACACACACAUUCACACCUACAUACACACACACACACACAUACACACACACCUGCACAUGUGUGCACAUGUGUGUUUGUAUAUAUCGGACAGAAUGGAGCCUUAAAGAGUUAGAAUGAGCCACAAGACUUUGUUUGCUCAGAAUUUGUAGCACAGUUAGUGUGGAGAAGAAACAGAGAAAGUGACAGGGUGGUUUAGUUUAUUCAACUGAGAAAUGGGUGAAGAAACCACCUGUAUCACUUGCCAUUUGUGUUUUUUAUGUCCUUCAAGAGCAGUUUGAGCAAUACUUUAUAACUUUGAGUGUAUGUUUCAUUAGUAAAGUUCACUGGAACCCCAGCUCUCCACAAACACUAAUGAUAGUUCUUCCCUCCACGAAGGAUGUUUCUAUCAUUUGAAAUGAAGCAUGUUUUGGUUAUUUAUCAUUAUUUCAUGGGUUUGUAACUCCUCUACAGUUUACAUGCAGUUCUAGGAAAUGAAAUGUUGGUGCUGAGGAAUGUGUUGUAACAUUUUCAUCAUCCUUCACAGUUUUUGCUCAUUGUACUCUUUGUGCAUUUAAAAAAAUGUUUUAAUUCA